UCACAGUGAUCUGGCAACCCCCCAUCAUACCGGCGCAAGUAAACAAUACAGGCAUAUUAAACGAAAGGAGGAUUUAAGAAGGACUUGCUGUUUCACAUGCCGGUGGAAAUGAAAGGGCAGCAGAAAAGUCCGGACCCUGACUGUAAUGUUCCUGUAAUUGAAGAAGGAGUAGUGGCUACUGCCGAGGAUCCGUCGGCAAUUACAACUAUUCAGUCAGCUGCCACGUUUUCUUCCGAACAGCCCAUAAAAUACCUGUUUAAGACAGAGGGAGCUGGGGGACAGGUAGGGGAACUGUACCCUCCCAUCGGGCAGGUGACAUAUCGGGUGAUUCAGGUUGCAGAUGGACAGUUGGAGGCUCAACCAGACGGCACAACAGCCGUCAGUGUUGUUGCUGGGUUUCCUGCUACAACGCAGCCGGUUACGCAGGCUGUGUUCUCUCAGUCCGAAGCCUUAGAGGGAGAUGGCACAGAAACCCAUUACACCUAUUACCCUGCCACUAUUUCAGAUGCUGGAACAGGCACUAUGGUUACUGGUGUGCAGACUUCUGACACGAUCCUCAGCCAGGGCACACCUACAGGUCAGUUAUAUGUGAUGAUGUCACCCCAGGAGGUUCUGACAGGAGCAACCCAGAGAUCUAUUGCACCUCGCACACAAACCUGCAACACCAAGUCAGAGGCACCAAGGACCUCUAGAGAUGAGAAACGGCGAGCACAGCACAACGAAGUUGAACGAAGGCGCAGAGAUAAGAUUAACAACUGGAUCGUUCAGCUUUCCAAGACCAUUCCAGACUGCACGCUGGACGCUACCAAGACAGGACAGAGUAAAGGUGGGAUCCUCUCAAAGGCCUGUGAUUACAUCCAGGAGCUACGACAGAGUAAUAAUCGAUUAGCAGAGGAGCUCAAUACACUGGAUAGGUUGAGGAUGGACAACCAGCUUUUACGGCAAGAAGUGGAGGACUGGAAAUCAAAAAAUCAGAUUUUGAGAAGCCAGCUCAGGCAGCACGGCAUUGUAGCAGCAGCCAGUGCCGAGCCGCAGUGAAGAGUGAUGGGAGCUGUCGUUUAAAUGCUGGUUGUGACCCAUUGUGGAAGGUUAAAAACAAAAAUAAUGAAAAUCCAGAUACUAAAAGACGUUUCCAGGUUUCUGAGGUCACAGCAGCAAUCAUGGACAAUGCUUAAUGCAAGAUUUCUUAGUCAGUUAUGUACAUUUACUUUUAACGGGUCUUACUUUAUCAUGUAUAUAUUUGUUUUGUACAACACAAUUUUUACUUGACCUAAUAAUGCAUUUCUUUUAUGUACUUCUAAAAGUUGGGCAGAUGCAUGAGAACCUUUCUGGUACAUCAUUCAGAAACAAUUCUGAUGGCAAAAAUGAAAAUACUUGCAUGUUUCAUACUUUUUCACUGCAGUUAAGUCAACUAUAUUAUGGUAUUUUCCUGGUUAUAUGCAAGAUACAGCUCACUAUCCAUAUGCAUUUGAAAUAAAUACUUUGG